AUAAGUUUCAAAUAACAAAAUCUUUUCUCUAGUUAAAGAAAAUCAAGAAAACACUUCAACAACGCCGUCAUCGCCGUCGAAUUGCAUAAUCUGAAGAGAUGUCAUACUCAUAUAGAUACAAUCAAAUGGUUGAGAUAUACGAAAAAAAGGAAGGACCAUACUACAGAGCCAAGAUUAUUGGCUGUGGACAAGCCAAAUACUUAGUAAGAUACGAAACGGUAUACGUUUUCGUUAAAAAGGGAGAGCGGAAGUUGAAGACUGCGGCGGUUGACGCGGCGGAGAUCAGGCCUGAUCCGCCGAGGAAUAAUAUCAAGAAUUUCAAUGCGGGUGAUAGAGUUGAUGUGUCUAUUUAUGAAGAAGAGGAUUCUUGGUGGGUUGGUUUUGUUUUGAAAAGGUGUCAUAAUGGCUAUAUUGUAAAGCUGGAGAGUAAUGGGAAUGAAGUGCACUGUGAAACUUUCAGAAUCAGACGGCAUUUUGAUUUUGAUAAUGGCCAAUGGAUUUCUAAUUCACAUAGGCCUGCUGCUAGAGAUGAUAGAUCCCAUGGGACUCAAGAUGAUGAUCAUCAGUCUGCUGCUAGUUAGUGGCUUAAUCUAGAAUUUUGCAGUUAAAACAAAUUGAGUCUUUUACAAAUUGAGCCUUUUUUUAGGACUUAACUUUCUUAUACUUGAUUUAUAGUGCACUUUUGCCUAGUGGAGAAUAAAAAAAAAGGAUUAGUCUCUCCAAAAUUUGUAUCUAUUCAAAUCAAAUAUUACAUUAGAUAAAUUUGUAACUGUUAUAUGGCA